GGCCUCUGCUGUGAGUGUGUGUGUGUGUUUAGGGGGGUGUCCUAUGGAGAGCCAAGGAGCGAAAAAAAAAGCCCGUUGGCACCGAUCCGUGCGGCGCGCACACAUUGAGCACAGAGAGCCACGGCUCCGUGCGCGACAUGAGCGGAUCCGUGCGGGUGUUUUAACGGCAUGACGGCGGAUCGGAGGAGCUGCAGCUGAAGGAGGAGAGCCGGUAGAGACGCUCCAGCCCCGGAGAACCGAAGAGAGGAGCGGCGGAGAGCGAGAGGCAGAGCGCCGGGGAAUCAUGCGGGGUCCUGCGCUCCGGCUGCUGGGUCUCGUGUGGCACCUCUCCGCGCUUUUACGCACCGCGCAAACGUACAAACUCCACCACAAACAAGAGAGCUUCAUCAGACAGCUGUCAGCGUAUGAGAUCAUCACCCCGGUGCGCUUGAAUGAUUUUGGAGAGUCGUUCCCGCACCGGCUGCAUUACCGCAGGAGGAGGCGCAGCGCUGACGCGGAGGUCUCGGGUUCGAGGGCUCAUUACCGGUUUGAGGCGUUCGGUCAGGCGUUUCACCUGAACCUCACGGCUGAUUCUGGAUUCAUUGCUCCGUCUUACACGGUGCUUCAUCUGGGAGAGGAAGAGAAGCAUGGAGACGCUGCAGACCUGCGCCACUAG